CAGAGGGCUGACUGCUGAAACAAACCCUGAGCUCUUGUCAGUGUGACGACGCGAGCGUCAGCGGGAUCGAGCCAACCACAGCCAGCAUCAUUUGCACACAAGAAGACCCAUACGACGGUGAUGCUCGGUAGUGGCUCUCUGUGAGGUUUCCAGUUCUUGUGAUAGUCUACGCGAACCGGAAUUUGCGUCCACGCUGCUUUGCUUAGAUCUCCUUAAAUGUUCUUAAAUCAAGUCACCGGUGUGGAGAUGCUGUGGAGGAAUAUACUGGUGCGCAAAGAGAGUGUAUAUCCCACUCCCCACAGAGUGGAAACUGGAAAUGUAGCCAGAGCUUUUGGGGUGUUUCCAGCGUAAUAUGCAUCUUGGAAGUUGUGGUAUAAGUGAUUCUCUACUUUAACCCUCAGUAAAGCAUCAUAGAUGAUAUUUCUCUGUGCGACUUCAUGGAUUUGGUUCACUGAGGACCAUCUGAAGAACAGACAUGGCAGUGCCAAAUAUGGUGUUCUCUGACGUGGAAAGUUUUCUGGACUCGCACCCCGAGUUAUUCGAGGACUACCUGAACAGAAAGGGGAAUUAUAGCAUGGUGGAGAAAUGGCUCAAGAAUCACCAGGCGAGUAAAAGUCCGGCGGCUGCAGCUCCCGCCGAGCCGAGAGAGGAGAAGAGCAACGCGUGCAAGGACAGCUGGGCGAGCAAAUGUGAUGGUCUGCAAAGGAGAGCAUCGCAGAAGGAGCUGCGUAAAACUUUCGCCAGAUCAAAGGCCAUAAAUGUCAACAGGACAUACGACGAGCAUGUCAGCUCCAGGGCCCAGGAGCCGCUGACGAGCAUGAGGAGGAGAGCUCUGCUGAGGAAAGCGAGCUCUCUGCCUCCGACCACUGCGCACAUACUGAGCGCACUGCUGGAGUCCAGAGUCAACAUCCCCCAGUACCCGUCCACCGCCGUGGAUUUCAAAUAUUACCUCAAAGAACAUAACGAAAGAGAGUUUUUCCUGGAGCUUGUAAAAGACAUAUCCAACGACUUGGAUCUAACGAGCCUCAGCUAUAAAAUCCUUGUGUUUGUUUGUAUUAUGGUGGAUGCAGACCGGUGCUCCUUGUUUUUAGUGGAGGGCACAGGCAACAAGAAGACACUAGUGUCCAAAUUCUUUGACGUGCACGCAGGUACCACAGUUUUGCCCUCAAUGAAUUCAGAUGAAGUUCAAGUGCCGUGGGGGAAAGGGAUCAUUGGAUAUGUGGCUGAACACGGAGAGACAGUGAACAUCCCUGACGCUUAUCAGGAUCGUCGGUUCAGUGAUGAAAUUGACAAGCUGACAGGAUACAAAACCAAGUCACUCUUGUGCAUGCCCAUUCGCAACAGCGAUGGAGAGAUCAUUGGUGUCGCUCAGGCCAUCAACAAGACUUCAAGUGGCGAACUCUUCACUGAAGAUGACGAAAAGGUGCUGCAGAUGUACCUGCCUUUCUGUGGUAUCGCAAUCUCCAACGCCCAACUCUUCGCCGCCUCACGGAAGGAGUAUGACAGGAGUCGGGCGCUCUUGGAGGUAGUCAAUGACCUAUUUGAAGAGCAGACUGACCUGGAGAAGAUUGUCAGGAAGAUCAUGCACCGCGCCCAAACAUUGCUUAAGUGUGAGCGCUGCUCUGUUCAAUUGCUGGAGGACAUCGAGUCACCGGUGGUGAAGUUCACCAAGUCAUUUGAGCUACUGUCCCCUAAAUGUAGUGCAGACACUGAAAGCAGUUUCAAAGACAGUAUGGAGAAAUCGUCGUACUCAGAUUGGCUCAUCAACAACAGUAUUGCAGAGCUGGUGGCAUCCACAGGACUCCCCGUGAACAUUAGUGACGCCUAUCAAGAUCCUCGCUUUGAUGCCGAGGCAGACCAGUUCUCGGACUUCCACAUCCGCUCUGUGCUUUGUGUUCCUAUAUGGAACAGCAACCACCAAAUCAUUGGUGUCGCCCAAGUGCUGAACAGGCUCGAUGGGAAACCAUUUGAUGAUGCAGACCAGCGUCUCUUUGAGGCGUUUGUGAUUUUUUGUGGACUGGGGAUCAACAACACCAUCAUGUACGACCAGGUGAAGAAGUCCUGGGCCAAGCAGUCUGUGGCUUUGGAUGUUCUGUCUUACCAUGCCACUUGCUCCAAGACUGAAGUAGACAAAUUCAAGGCUGCUAACAUUCCCCUAGUGUGCGAGCUGGGCAUUGAUAAGCUCUCCUUUGACGAUUUUUCUCUGGACGUUGAUGCCAUGAUAACGGCCGCUCUGAGAAUGUUUAUGGAGUUGGGAAUGGUACCAAAAUUCAAGAUUGACUAUGAGACACUGUGCAGAUGGCUGCUGACUGUCAGAAAAAAUUACCGGAUGGUCCUCUACCACAACUGGAGACAUGCCUUCAACGUCUGCCAGUGCAUGUUUGCCAUGCUAACGACGGCGGGCUUCCAGGAGACUCUGACAGAAGUGGAGAUAUUAGCGCUCAUUGUAGGUUGUGUGUGUCAUGACUUGGACCACAGGGGUACCAACAACGCUUUUCAGGCGAAGACGGGCUCAGCCCUUGCUCUGCUUUAUGGGACCUCUGCUACACUGGAGCACCACCACUUCAACCAUGCUGUUAUGAUCCUGCAGAGCGAGGGUCACAAUAUCUUCUCCAACCUCUCGUCCACAGAGUAUAGUGACCUCAUGCAGCUGCUGAAACAGUCCAUUCUGGCCACAGACCUCACACUUUACUUUGAGAACAGAAACACUUUCUUUGAGCUUGUCAGCAAAGGAGAGUACAACUGGAAUGUGAAGGCUCAUAGAGACAUGUGCAGAUCUAUGAUGAUGACAGCGUGUGAUCUUGGUGCUGUCACUAAACCAUGGGAAAUAUCACGCAAGGUUGCAGAGUUGGUGACUAGCGAGUUCUUCGAGCAGGGCGACAGAGAGAGAUCAGAGCUGAAGCUCACGCCCUCUGCCAUCUUCGAUCGGAACAGGAAGGACGAGUUGCCAGGACUUCAGCUAGAGUGGAUUGAUGGAAUUUGUGCACCGCUGUACGAGACUCUGGUCAAGUUGAAUCCUAAACUUCAGCCGAUGCUUGACAUGAUCAAAGCGAACAGGGCCAAAUGGGAAGAGCUGAACAACAAGAGACAACGAGGCCAGAGUGUUUCAGCUCCAGCGAGCCCCUGCAGUGGCGACAGCGGCUCAGAAACCAGUGGCUGCGCUGUGGCCAAAACAGGCAGCACACCUUGUUGUAGCGGCGAUGCUGAGGGCACAAUGUCUAAGCCUGUUAGUUAACUUAUGCUGCCAUCUCUUAGGCUUUAUUUCCUCUUAAAUGCAGCCUGCAACAUAGGCAGUGCAGUGCAUGCAGAGGUUCUUGGGCUCUCUGCUCCUCUUCGCUUUUGCUACUAGAGAUGAGCUUUAGACUUGAGUGCGGCGCUAUCGUAGAGGUUUUUCUGCUCCCCCUUCAGUUUUCCAGUGCUGAAGGCUGACAGAGCUGUGUUUGGCGAGCUUGUCGGAGCAGCUACAAAUCAGCUGAUGACACCAUGUCAGAAAAGGAAACUCAAACCACUGUGUCAACACGUCAACCAGUGAGCUAACACUAACUAUUCAUGGGCAUCGCACAGAUUUUCUGCACAGUAAGGCAUGGAGAAUAUUGGAGAGCAAUGUUUAUGGUUCAUUUUUGCUCUCGGUACCUCGCAUUUUGUCCGGGGUAACAGAUAUUUUUUUGUAAAUCUGUACAUAAGCUGUUGAGUUUAAAAACUGUUAUGUACAAGUGCUGUUUAAAAACUGUAAGGUCUGGAUUGUAACGUGGCUGUAGAGUUUCUGAAGGAUAAAGUGGUGCAGGGACAGCAGGACCUUUGACAGUGCUUGCAAUGCAAAUUGAGUGCUGCUCUCCCUCCCCUCCUGUGCCUUGUUUUAAGAUCCUAAUGAAAAAUGCAUGGCCUCCUCAUUCUUUUAGAUCGUACGGAAAUCCAUGUUGAACCAUGACGUAUUUUUUUGAAAUCAUUUGUAACACCAAUGACUGAAGUUACAUCUUGACCCCAUGUUAAGCCACAGAAGCAUUGACAUUAUAAUAGCCUACAUACGGAAAUCUAUUUUGCCCACUUUUCUAAAUGCAGGGUCUCACUUGUCACAAACACACACACACACACACAAUGUGCCUUGAUGAAAUUAUUCUGAUAUCACAUUAAUUUCUGCAGAAGAAGCCAUUUCCUCUACUGAUUUAACUCUAGACAUAAAACUGUUAAACAUUAAAUAGAAACUCCUCUAUAAAUGACAUUGAAUCAAAUAUUUGGCCUUUUCUCAAAGCUCACAAAUGCUACUUACUGUAUGACAGCUUUUAUAAGGUCAAGGAGAAACUGACACUCUUACUACUGAAGUGCCCAUGUAGUCACAAGCUAUUAUUUUCAUAUUAUUAUAAGUAUUUUUUUUUUUUUGGGAGGGUAUGCCUUAUGAAUUGUGUUGUAGCUUUGUUAAUUGGAGUUUAAACUGUGACUGUGCACAUUGUGAGGCAUGGAUCUGUGUACUACUUUACUGUAUUUUAGUUGAAGAGCUGAAUUGAAGUCAAUCAGAAAACUUUGAAAUUGCAUGUUUUAUGCAGUAUUAAAUUCAACCACUUGCUAAGGAUGUAGCAAACACGUGAGCCAACGAAUACCUCGUAUUUUAAACUCCACCAGUAAACACGUUAUCUCAUCGAAAUGCAUGACUUAAAUUCUAUUGCAUCAUGUUACGUGGACUAUGAAUAUCGCUGUUCUAUUUUUCUAUCAGGGCUCCGAAUGUGGCCAACUUCUACUUUUGUCUUUUUUGCAAUGUAAUGUGCUUCUUGUGUUUCUUCUUUCCUGCCCCCAUCCACCCCACUCCCCUCACUUUGUUUGGAUUUAUUUAUGGCGAGCUAAACUGAAAGAAACCUAAGGCAUGAAAAGGCAAAUGUGCGAUGUUUCUGUUCAGACUUUAAAUAAAAAUAUGCUGCUAUA